UACAAACACUUUGACUUUUCUCGGAAAGGAGAGGGACUACUCUUCACACUUUGCUGUUUUUGUGACAAUAUUUGAGGGGGGUUUUGGUGCUAGAGUUACCGGUCACCUGAAACUUGCCAGUCCGGGAACCCGCGCACCCCCCGUGAUCCCUUUUUUCCUUCAUCUCACCAUCGGCGCGUAAGCUCGGUUUGACUGUCGGGCAGUCAUGCUGUAGAAGUUGUCUCUACAAGUGAAACAGCGGAGUGAGACUAAAGUUUGCGGUCCGCAUGAGUGGGACCAUGCACGAGCAACACAACAGAGGACUGAAGAAUCUGAGGCUGCUGCUUCUGUGCAUCUGCGUUGCCAUCCUCGCCUCAGGAGCGCAAGCAGGUGGGAAGAAGCACAGCGGCCCCUGUGGAGGAAGAGACUGCAGUGGCGAAUGUAAAUGUUUCCCAGAGAAGGGUGCCAGGGGUCACCCUGGGCCUCUUGGUCCUCAGGGUCCACAGGGGCCUCUAGGGACACCUGGUGAUCCAGGCAUCCAAGGACCAAAGGGGCAAAAAGGCGACCUUGGCCGUGGGGGCAUCAUAGGUCCUAAAGGAAAUGUGGGAAUGACAGGUGUUCCUGGGUUUUCUGGAAAUGAUGGGAUACCUGGCCACCCAGGACAAGCUGGGUCCAGGGGGAAGGCAGGUGCAGACGGCUGUAACGGGACAAAGGGAGAACAAGGGUUACCAGGAGAAAGUGGUUUUAAUGGUGCACCUGGUUUUCCUGGACAACCAGGCAGGAAGGGAGAGAAGGGAGACUCCCUGGAGAUGAGUGUGUACAUUGAACGUUUCAGAGGAGAUCCAGGCACACCAGGGGUCCAUGGAAUAUUUGGGCCUCAAGGAAACCCCGGAUUGCAGGGUAAUAGAGGCAUCCCAGGACCAAAGGGUCCCCCAGGGCCUCCAGGUCCCCGAGGACAAAAGGGCACUAUGACCAAAGUGAUUAAGGGAGCAAAAGGAGAACAAGGGGACACUGGACCACCAGGGCUGCCAGGGAACUCUACUCAUCCGCAUACUCUGCCCCCCUACGGACCCCAGGGACCCCCUGGAGAAAGAGGUCUGAAAGGAGAAAGAGGAGAUCAGGCGAACAACAAAGGAGAAACUGGUAUAAUGGGAUUACCUGGACCACGAGGUGCAUCUGGAACAGAUGGGAGUCCUGGAACAAGGGGAGAUUUUGGUGAAACGGGACCAAAAGGCAGCGAUGGGCCUAAGGGAGUCAGAGGUGACCCAGGAGAUCUGAUUUCAAACUCGUGGCCUUGGUCGUCAGUAGCUGGUCCUUCUGGUCCUCCUGGUGAGCAAGGUCCACAAGGAGAGAGGGGCCCAGUAGGAGAUCAAGGCUUCCCUGGACCUCCAGGACGUCCUGCCUAUGAAACACAGCAACAAGUGUUUGAAUUCUUCGGGCCAUUUGGUAUAAAGGGGGAGCAAGGAGAGAAGGGCCAACAAGGGGAUGCAGGGAGCCCUGCUGUCAGUGUUGGACCCCCAGGUGUCAGCGGGCGCCCGGGGGCCAGGGGUCCUCCAGGACCUAAAGGAACAUGGGCUGAGUUCUUCAAAGGGGCUCCGGGCGAGAGAGGAAGGCCCGGCAACGCAGGCUUUAAAGGAAUGAAAGGUGAUCAUGGAGAAUGUGAGUGCUCCAUUGUAAACUCUCUAUCGGGACCACCUGGCCCUGCUGGGGAUCGUGGUGAUGCUGGGAUGACUGGAGAGUUUGGUCACGAGGGGGAUUUAGGAGACCCAGGUCCCCAGGGAUAUGAUGGGUCCCCUGGCUCUCCUGGGCUCAGUGGGUCACCAGGCCCAAAAGGCCGAAAAGGGGAUGCAAGUGUGGCCACACAGAAAGGAUAUCCUGGAGACCAAGGGGUUCCUGGACAAGACGGUGAGUCGGGAGCACCAGGUGUUCCAGGCCUAAAUGGUUUUACUGGUGUCCGUGGGAGCCAAGGUCCUCCAGGAGAGGGUCCCAGGGGAGAUCGUGGAGACAAAGGUUUCCCAGGUCUGCCUGGUCGACCCGGUGUGGCUGGGCUGAGGGGAGAACCAGGUGCAGUCCUUGGGGCCCUCAAAGGCCAGCGCGGUUUACCUGGUGAUGAUGGAAUUGCAGGCUAUCAUGGACUUCCAGGAACACCUGGCAGCCCAGGCGGCUGUAGUACGACAGGAGAUGGAGGACAGGUGGAUGUAACAGGUCCUUGCAAUGCAAUUCCGGGACCUCCUGGGUCACCUGGACUUCCAGGAUCCAGUGGAUUACCAGGUUUCCCAGGUCCUCCAGGCCAAAAAGGACCACAGGGUUCAUUUGGAGUAGAUGGAGAGAAAGGAGAAACAGGAGAUCGAGGCAUAGGUGGCCUUCCUGGGCCACCAGGUUUUGCCGGCCCCCGUGGAGACCUGGGAGUCCCUGGCAGCAAAGGUUCAGCCGGAGUCCCUGGUUUGCCUGGUGUGCCCGGCCGGCACGGGGCACAGGGUGAGAAGGGAUUUCACGGAGAAAUUCUUGGAGCAUCACCUGGACCCAACGGUGACCCAGGGCUGCCCGGGUUUCAAGGGAAUAAAGGCCAGACUGGGGAUCAAGGAGAACCAGGCUAUCCAGGAAUGGUCGGCAUGCCUGGUAUGAUUGGCUUCAAAGGUGACAGUGGCCCUGCAGGCCUGCAGGGGGAGGAAGGGAGGCCUGGGCCAGCGGCCAAGUACGGCUACCCUGGUGACCCUGGGCAAGCAGGUCCACCAGGGCCUCGUGGUGCCGUUGGACAGCCAGGUUUCACUGGAGAGAGGGGAACUGAAGGAGAUUUGGGCCCGCCAGGGCCAAUUGGAUUAAAAGGGAACCCUGGGGAACACGGUGACUAUGGUGGCGUUGGAGAGUAUGGCCAACCAGGUGACCCAGGACAGCCGGGUGCAGAUGGACGCCCAGGAGUCCCAGGAAUGAAGGGAAACAAGGGGUCUCCCGGCAUGACAGGUUUUGAGGGGACCACGGGUGAUCUAGGGGUGAAGGGCUUCGGUGGGAAGACAGGAGAACCUGGAGUGCCAGGCCAAGUAGGCCCAAAAGGAGUGACAGGUCAAAGUGGAGAGAAAGGUGAUCGUGGUCUGAGGGGGCCACCUGGGGAGAAGCCUCACAUCCCUGCCCAGAUGAUUGAUGACAUGAAGGGUUCAAAGGGAGACUGUGGACAUCGAGGAAAUCAAGGUUUCACCGGGCCGAGAGGUUCUAAGGGUUUCCCUGGUGUGCCUGGCAGUGAGGGAACUCAUGGUUCUCCUGGAGACCCCAGCAAUGAUAAAGGACAGCAAGGAAAUCCAGGUGCACAAGGGCUGCCGGGGAUAAAAGGAAUGCCAGGCCCAACUGGAAAUCGAGGAAUCACUGGUUUUCAAGGAAUGCCUGGCAGCAGGGGAAUUAAAGGAAGUCCUGGUGCCUAUGGUGCAUCAGGGGACAAAGGAAUUAAGGGACUCAAAGGUGAUGGAGGCCCUCGUAUAGACCUUCCAGGAUCUACCGGAUUUAGAGGAGAAGAAGGUUUACAAGGAGUGCCGGGCCAAAAAGGAUUAUUUGGACAGACUGGGGACAGGGGUGCUACUGGUUUUGAUGGUAUUGGGGGGAAAAAGGGAGAUUCAGGUGAUCCGGGAAUAUUAGGAUACCCAGGCUCAGAUGGGCAGAGGGGAACUCCUGGUAACCAAGGUACAAAAGGCUUUCCUGGAAGUCCUGGAAAAGAAGGUCACCCAGGCUUUCCUGGCUUCCCAGGAAACAAAGGUUUCCCUGGCCUGAAGGGUCUUUAUGGAUUACAUGGACUGAAAGGACAAAAGGGUAUCCCAGGAACACCAGGUCUGGAUACCACUGGACCAGCUGGGGAGCCGGGAGCCAAAGGAGAGAGGGGAGAGAGUGGUGACCCUAACAACCAACCAGGUGUUCCAGGCACAGCGGGUUUGAAAGGCUUCCAGGGACCAAUAGGUGACCAUGGUCAACCUGGGCCACCAGGAUUCCGUGGCCCCACAGGACCAGAUGGGACCCCAGACAGACCAGGACUGAGUGGGGACACAGGCUUUAUAGGACCUAAAGGAUACCAAGGUUUCCCUGGACCCAGAGGAUUUCCUGGUGUGGAUGCUCCCCCUGGAGAAAAGGGUGUAUCAGGAUUUAAUGGGCAUCCUGGAGUCCCUGGUAGGAAAGGACUCAAAGGAGAUCAAGGUUUAUUUGGAUACAGAGGGCCUAAUGGUGUUUCUGGGAAGAAAGGGGUGAAAGGGGAGCAAGGAUUGAUGGGAGUUCCUGGUAUGACUGGUGUAAAGGGAGAAAGAGGACCAGUUGGUCCAAAAGGAAUCACUGGACCACCAGGUUUUCAUGGGCUCCAAGGGAACCAGGGUCCUCCUCCACUUCCCAUCAGAAUUCCAGGAGAGAGGGGCCCUCCAGGACGACAGGGUAUCCAAGGACCAAAGGGAGUGAGUGGGGAGCCAGGGCCACAAGGUCCCCCAGGGGAUGCAGGUUUUGUGGGACCCAUUGGGCAGAAGGGCAUGCCUGGGAUUGGUGGUACACCAGGAAUAGCUGGAUUCCGUGGAGAGGUUGGACAAAGUGGUCACCCCGGUCUGCAAGGCAUGGAAGGUCAUCGUGGCAACCCUGGGAUCCCUGGGUUACCUGGUAUGCCUGGCCGCAGUGUCAGCGUGGGCUACUUGCUGGUGAAACACAGUCAAUCAGAACAGACGCCCAUGUGUCCUGUGGGUAUGUCUAAACUGUGGGGCGGCUACAGUCUGCUGUACCUUGAGGGCCAGGAAAAGGCCCACAACCAGGAUCUUGGUUUGGCUGGCUCCUGCCUCCCACGGUUCAGCACCAUGCCCUUCCUGUACUGCAAUCCUGGAGACAUAUGUUACUAUGCCAGCAGAAAUGAUAAGUCCUACUGGUUGUCAACAACUGCUCCUCUUCCUAUGAUGCCUGUGGAAGAGGGAGAGAUCAAACCGUACAUCAGCCGCUGCUCAGUAUGCGAAGCCCCAUCAGUUGCCAUCGCAGUCCACAGCCAGGACAUCACCAUCCCGCAGUGUCCUGUGGGCUGGCGCAGCCUGUGGAUCGGCUACUCCUUCCUCAUGCAUACAGCAGCAGGAAAUGAAGGCGGAGGUCAGUCCUUGUCAUCGCCUGGCUCCUGCCUGGAGGACUUCCGCACAACACCGUUCAUUGAGUGUAACGGGGCUAAAGGCACAUGCCACUACUUUGCUAACAAGCACAGCUUCUGGCUAACCUCCGUAGAUCAGUCGUUCCACACUGAGCCGGCAUCAGAGACUCUCAAAGCAGGCCAGCUCCUGUCACGCAUCAGCCGCUGCCAGGUCUGCAUGAAGAACUUGUGAAAGACUUGACAGUCACGCUGACAGAAAGAAGUUGGUCCAUUGACAGUGGUCUAGUGUCGUCUCUCUAUCCAUGUACUAAACAGAACUAAGAGGGAUUUGAGAUACUGACUUAGAUCAAUGUAAAUGGGAAACUUUGUCCCCCAAGCCACAGAGCUCAGAUAUGCAAUGACUGUGUGAUUCCUCGAGCUUUGAAUGAAAUGUCCCGCUGUAGAUAAAACAGGAGAAGCCCCAUAAUGAAGCCAACAGCAUUAUGGGAAAAGUAUUUCAUGUUAAAUGUGGAGUGGUGCUUAUUGUUUAACUUAUUACCUCAGCUACAAUGACACAGAUCAAAGACCAUGUGCUACAGCUGAACCAAAGAUGCCUGCGUGUAUGCACUGCUUCAGUUUAUCUAGAUGUUUUUAUUGUUUAGGGUAUACAGCCCACCAUAAAGCCACUAACACUGCUUGUCAGCCAAAUGAAGAAUGUGUCAUUAGAGGUCUUAAACAACUAUUGGUUGAUAUUAUUGACAGUAUUAUCCUGAUUUUAUUCCAUUGCUCUUACAAAACAUUUUUUAUAAUAUGACAGUCCUUUCAAUCUGUUAACUUGUUGUAACUUGUAUGCAUUUAUCAGUUAAUGCCAAAUAGUCCGUAACUCCUUAUUUUUCAUACACCGUACGUUCACACAAUGCACUGAUUCUCUUUGUAUUUAUACCAGCUGAUUGAACUUGACCCCCUUUCAUAAGAGUUUUAAAGGUAUAUCUUAUCUAACACUUAUCAUGCCAUACUUAUUUUCCUUUACAAUCUGUUUUUUUUUUUUUUUUUUUAAUUAUUAUCGAACUGCCCCAAGCUGGCAAAAGGACAGAAUGUAAACAGUCGGGAUCAAAGGUCUGACUGUAGCAUAUCCUUGCUCUGGUAAUUGAUCCUUGGUUAGAUUUGUAUUUCACACAAUUUAGAAAGUAGGUCAAAGAUUCACUUGUUUGGAAAUAAACGGUUUGAUCAGAACAGAAAAAUACUGAUAUUAGUUUUAACUGUAAUUAUGGCAAUUUUCAUAACGUUAUCAUUUCAUUGGACUGUAAAGAUUAAAUCUUGUUUGUUAUA